GUAGCCUCGUAGGGAGGCAGCGAUGAGCGACAUGGUGGAGAGGACGCUGACCGCACUGCCGGGGCUCUUCCUGCAGAACCAGCUGGGAGGACCUGCGGCCUCCAGAGCACCCUUCUUCUCCAGGCUGGGCGGCCUCAUCCGUGGCGUCACUGCGCUCUCGUCCAAGCACGAAGAAGAGAAAUUAAUCCAGCAGGAACUGAGUAGUCUGAAGGCAACUGUUUCUGCUCCAACUACGACACUGGUAUGUGUGCAGAGAUGCAUGGUUCCUGAAAUUUUUGGGGAGUUAGGUAGUAAUGAAAACUUUUCCUUCAUUUUUUUAAUAGGUUAUCUGGCUGUUUCUUUAUUUCUACAUGAAAGUCAUGAACUUUUGCUUCUCCUUGUGAAUACAGUGGUAAAGGACCUGCAGAGCACUAAUCUGGUAGAAGUAUGUAUGGCACUUACUGUUGUCAGCCAGAUUUUCCCUCGAGAAAUGAUUCCAGCUGUUCUUCCAUUAAUAGAAGAUAAACUUCAACAUUCUAAGGAGAUUAUUCGAAGAAAAGCAGUUCUGGCAUUAUACAAAUUUUACCUCAUUGCCCCCAAUCAAGUACAGCAUAUCCAUACUAAAUUUCGGAAAGCACUUUGUGACAGAGAUGUUGGGGUCAUGGCUGCCUCUUUGCACAUAUACCUUAGGAUGAUUAAGGAAAAUGCUUCUGGAUAUAAAGACUUGACCCAGAGUUUUGUAACAAUUUUAAAGCAAGUGGUGGGAGGGAAGCUCCCAGUAGAGUUCAGUUACCACAGUGUGCCAGCGCCAUGGUUACAGAUUCAGCUCCUGAGAAUACUGGGACUGCUGGGGAAGGACGAUGAAAGGACAAGUGAAUUAAUGUAUGAUGUUCUUGAUGAAUCCUUACGAAGAGCCGAGUUAAAUCACAAUGUCACUUACGCUAUUCUGUUUGAAUGUGUACACACAAUCUAUUCUAUUUAUCCUAAGUCAGAAUUACUUGAGAAGGCUGCCAAGUGCAUUGGAAAAUUUGUUCUGUCACCUAAAAUAAACCUCAAAUAUUUAGGACUGAAGGCUCUUACCUAUGUUAUCCAGCAGGAUCCUUCUCUGGCUCUUCAACACCAGAUAACCAUAAUUGAAUGCCUAGACCACCCUGAUCCCAUUAUUAAAAGAGAGACUCUGGAACUUCUUUACAGAAUUACAAAUGCACAGAAUGUAGUAGUUAUUGUACAGAAAAUGCUUGAAUAUUUACAUCAGAGCAAGGAAGAGUAUAUCAUCAUCAAUUUAGUUGGCAAAAUAGCUGAGCUGGCUGAGAAAUAUGCUCCUGACAACGUGUGGUUUAUUCAGACAAUGAAUGCUGUGUUUUCAGUGGGAGGAGAUGUAAUGCAUCCUGAUAUUCUCAGCAACUUCCUGAGACUGCUAGCAGAAGGUUUUGAUGAUGAAACAGAAGAUCAACAAUUAAGACUCUACGCAGUUCAGUCUUAUCUUACUUUACUAGAUAUGGAAAAUACUUUUUAUCCACAGAGAUUUCUUCAAGUUAUGAGUUGGGUGUUAGGAGAGUACUCCUACCUCUUAGAUAAAAAAAGUUCAGAGGAAGUUAUAACCAGGCUCUACAAGUUACUUAUGAGUGACUCCGUUUCUUCAGAAACGAAAGCAUGGUUGUUUGCUGCGGUAACCAAGUUGACACCUCAAGCUCAUUCUUCUCCCUUAGUUGAGAAAUUAAUCCAAGAAUUCACUGUAUCCUUGAAUACUUGUCUGAGACAGCAUGCAUUUGAAUUGAAACAUCUGCAUGAAAACACAGAGCUUAUGAAGAGCCUGCUUCAGGGUGCUCAGGAUUGUGGAGACAUAGUGGCAGAUGCUUCUUUAUCUUUUCUGGAUGGUUUUGUGGCUGAAGGACUCAGUCAAGGAGCAGCACCUUAUAAGUCCCAUCACCAGCGCCAAGAGGAACAGCUCUCUCAGGAAAAGGUUCUCAAUUUUGAACCAUAUGGACUAUCGUUUUCUUCAUCUGGCUUCACUGGACGACAAUCUCCGGCUGGCAUUUCUCUGGGCUCUGAUAUAUCUGGAAACAGUGCCGAGACAGGGCUGAAAGAGACAAGUAGUUUGAAGAUGGAAGGUAUAAAGAAAUUAUGGGGUAAAGAGGGCUAUCUCCCCAAGAAGGAGAGUGGAACUGGCGAUAAACCAGAAGCCUCACAUGUUCCUGCAGAGGGUGCAACAAUGGAGAAUGUAGACCAAGCCACGACCAGAAAGGACCAAGCUCAAGGCCAUACCCCUUCUACAGAGGAGAAAGAAAAGCAGCUGUUGGCAUCAUCGCUGUUUGUUGGGCUAGGACCAGAAAAUACAGUCGAUUUGUUAGGAAAAGCAGAUGUUGUGUCUCACAAGUUCAGGAGGAAAUCAAAACUCAAGGUAGCCCAAAGCAACAAGACACCCGGCGCUCACACUGCUCCCUGCUCUGCCCUCGGCCCUGGAUCAGACCAGGCUGGUGGGGAUGAGGAGAGUCUGAAUGCUGUGGAUAGAGGAGACAGGGAACUCGGUUCAGAGCUUUUGCGUUCUGAGUCGCUCUCGGAGCUGCCCUCAGCUGAGAACCUCGUGAAUGUCAGCUUGCCUAUGCCUUCUUUGUUUGCUGAUAACAACAUGGAAGUCUUUCAUCCCCCUUCAUCCUCUGCAACUUCAACUGUCAAGGAAGAAACUCCUGAGUGCAGGCAUUCAGGUCUCGUGGAAAUCUGUAGUAAUGAAACCGCGUCUGUGUCUUCUUACAAAGUCUGGAAGGAUGAUUGUUUAUUGGUGAUCUGGUCACUCACUAGUAAAACUGACUCAGAGUUCACAGAUGCUCAGUUAGAAAUUUUUCCUGUGGAAAAUUUCAAGAUCAUUGAGCAACCUGAAUGUUCUUCUCCUGUGAUAGAACCAGAACGUACCAAAUCCUUUCAAUAUGGUGUGCAGAUGGAAAGCCCUUGUAUAGAAGGAACUCUCUCUGGUUUUAUAAAGUAUCAAAUGAUGGAUACGCAUUCUGUUCAACUGGAAUUUUCCAUGAACUUACCAUUAUUAGAUUUUAUUAGACCAUUAAAGAUCUCAACUGAAGACUUUGGCAAACUCUGGUUGUCCUUUGCAAAUGAUGUGAAGCAAACGAUAAAAAUAUCAGAGCCUGGAGUUGCUCUGGCUUCUGUCCUAACAGAGCUGCAGCAGAACCUGAGACUUCGUGUGAUUGACGUCAUAGGCAAUGAAGGGCUGUUGGCCUGUAAGCUGCUCCCAUCCACCCCCUGUGUUCUGCACUGCCGAGUACAUGCUGACGUGGUAGCUCUGUGGUUCAGAUCUUCUAGCUCUGUUCUUUCAGACUAUUUAUCAUGUCACUGUCAAAAAGUGAUGCAGACAUCCUAGCGAAGUUGUGUUAAAUUUUACCUUUUCCACAUAAAUGGUUUACAUUUAUAACCUUACCAAAGUAAAAAGCACUCAUGGUUUUUCUGAUGGAGACGGGGAGCUGUAAGUUUUGGUUUAUGUGUUUUCUUCUUGAUUCCUGCUAAGAAUGAUCCCCAAGAAACUGUGUCAUUAAUUUUUUUUACUCAGGAUUGUACAGUAUAUUUGGGUCCCCCCCAAAAUGACCUAAGCUAAUAUUAUAAAAUGUUAGUGAUUUUAUGUCACUUAAUGUAGAGGGACUGAAAAUAUUUAUUUUGUUAUAAAUGUUUUAUAGCAGGUCUAUUCUACCAUUAACUGAUUUCUAAUGAGGCUGAGAUUCAGUUCUCUGCUUUGGUGCAGGGCACACAGAGACUGAUCAUCACCUGAAUGACACUUGGCUUUGGAGUGCAGAAUUUGCUGUAAGGAAAAUCUGUGCUCUCGGCCCUGCUUUGCACAGGUCAGGGUUAAGCUGAGGUGGCCUAACACACACCAACCAUUGUACAAGACCAUGGCAUGCUGGGUGUUAGGCAAACACAAUCUCUGUUUUUUACUUUUUAACUUGUUACACUUAAUUUUCAGUAAUUUGACCACAAAGUAUAUCUGUUUGCUAUUAGAUCCCUUUUGCAGUUAAAAUUUGUGACCAUCGUAUAAAUGGCCCAUUGAUUUUUUUUUUCCUGGUCCUUAAAUCUACUAGUAUUAAGUGGAUAUUACUGAGUAGUGACUAUGUAAAUAUAUCCUACAAAUACUUCAGCAAAAUAUAUCAUUUUCAUGUUAUAUUUAUGCUUAUAGGCCCUCUGUUAGUAAAAGGAGAGAUUAUGCCUUGUAUGUGUGAUGGGCCAAAAUCUUGAGAUUGUAUAUUAACUGAAAUAGUAUUUUAUAAAAACUAAUGGUGCUGUGGGAAUUUAUUUUACCCUUUUUGGUACUUCACCAUUGAAACUAUUCAGGUAAUACAACUUAAGUUAUUCUUAGCGGUCAGGCACUCUGGUUUUACGUUAUCUCACUAAUACUUGCUGUAAAGAUGCUGAGGAGGAGGC